AAAAUACCUACUAUAUAAGCCUGUGACCCUGUGACCAAAACAAAUAAAAAUUAUUUGGGUUUUUCAAUAGGUAAAACUGGGGUCUUUCCAAAAUUAAAGUGAAAUCAAGUUGAGGCAAACUUUAAAGUAAAUUAAUACUCUUACAAUAUUACAAUGGCAGCAGCCACUGUGCUCAAAAUCGAGCAUGAAGCGGAGACCUGCUGUGUCUGUGGCAAUACCGGUGAAUUGUUGUCGCCGGAGGAGUACGACGCAGGUUCAAACCAAUUGCCUUUACGUGCAAUGUUGCUACAUCUCAACAACAACAAGGUUGUACCAGAAGGACGCUUUUGUACUGCUUGCAUUCGACGUGCUGUAGAAGCCUAUGAAUUUAGCAAUUCGCUGUCAUCUAAAGGCGUGCCCCCAUUGAGCGAGAAGAUUCGAGCUCUCCGCCGUCGGUUACAUGAGCUCACUCAGAAAAUUGAUGUUUUCAUUGUUGUUGGUGGGCCUGCUACGAAUGCAGGUGCAAAUUAUAGUGAGGACGAUAUCAUAAUGGUUGAAAAAGAUGCAUUAGCAGCGGCAACAGCUGCAGAUGAUGAGGAUAUGGAAUGUGCUCGUAAUGCUCGGGGGGACACAGUGUACCAGUGUUCUGUGUGUCCUCAAUCAUUCCAGCGUGUGUCGGAGUACCGCGUGCACGUAGGCACGCACCCAGCGGACGCAGUGCACUCGUGUUGGACGUGCGGCGCGCAGUUCACGACACGCGAGGCGCUACGGGACCAUGCUGCUUCGCAUCAAGACCUCGUUCCGCUCGUCUGCCAUCUGUGUUCCACCACAUUCCAGAGUGAGUCCGAGUUGCGUCGUCACUGUGCGGGGUGCGUGGGCGCGUGCCCGGGGUGUGGCGUGUGGGCGGGGGAGCGUGUGGCGCUGUCAGCGCACGUGUUGUCAGCGCACGCGCAGUCCGCGCCGUGCGUGUGCGCGUCAUGCUUCCGUACGCUCGACUCGCCCGCCGCACUUGCUGCCCACAUGCUGCGGCACAGGCAAGCCCGCCAGUAUGUAUGCGGGUACGACGGCUGUAUCCUGCGCUUCACUACCAGGUACCAGAUCCCUAGCAAGGCUUGGAUCUACGAUUUUUUUAACCGGGGCAGAAUAUUCGUAUGCCGCCCUACAUACCUAUUUUUACAAUGUAUGAUAUUUUUCUUUCAUUUCAUUUAGGGAUUUUGAAGCAUGUCCGGCCCAUCGUAACCUAUAAUGUGUAUGAAAAGAUUUAUAAAGCUCGUUCUUUAUAUAUUUUUUUUAUAAUGCUCGUUUUUUAUCUGUAAAUAGGUAUUAUACAAUGAUGAUUUUGGCGCCACCCUAAAACUGGCGUCUGGGGCAAUUGCCCUUGCCCUCCCCCUAUUUCUGUUCCUGUCCCUAGAGAAGUAAACAGAGACGUCUGAACGUCUCGAUAUCCUGUCUUUCGGCUCCUCGACGACGUUUAUUAUUUAAUUACUUUUUAGUCAUGCUUGCUCACUGGUUUUUAUGGCGUCUCACCAUGGAAGAUAUAGCUUUCUUCCGCGGCUUUUGUCCUUCCGUUUUCACGUUGUAUAUCGUUUUAUCUUUCUUUCAUCCAGCAUUCUUUCCAUAAAUCCGAAGCGACAGAUUUUGCCUUUGUUAAUUUUUACGCCGACCCUUACCUUUGCAAAUAAAACAAUCCUAAAGUUUAUGAGAAUUAAGGUUCAUCCAUCCUUUCAUCGAGCUGACUUUUUUAUUUUAUUUUUUAUACCAAAGGGAACUGAGCCUUAACAUUUCAUUGACUUUGACGAGAGGCCGACUAAACCCGGGCUCUACUACUGCAAGGGACGGCAGUCCAGUGCAAUGGGCCUACCGUGUAAAACCCUCCGUACUAUCCUCUCGCGUAGUCCGGUACCUGGUUUCUGAAAAUAAGGCCCAGGUAGAUUCGGACCGUAGGGGUCCACGGUAGUGAUCCCACCCUCCUUGUGCGGCCAGGAAAUUUCCCGGGUAGUUCCGAGGAACCCUCCCCAGAUAGCUGGCGUCGUGCAACGAACGUGAAGGUAGUCAUCCCUCAUGCUCGCCCCGUUAGGAAGAAAAGAUGCGCGACUGUGCAAUCUAUUGUCCCUUCACUAUUUCUUCUUCUGGAGGGUGCAAUGUGACCUUACAUAUCUACUAGCUGACUAUUUUAAGUGACUUUCAUAGAUCACUUCUAGUGAUAAGGCCGAUAUUAAUAUGCCUCCUAUUUUCCUAUAAUUGUAUUUUGUUUUGUGUGUACAAUAAAUAAUAUUCUAGCUAUCUAUGCAUAUCAUAGUAAGAAGGAAUAGAUGAACUUACACACCUAUACUAGUAUUAUAAAGAGGCAAUUGGAUUUUGUCUGCAUCGACUACAUCAUACACGUUCGGCAAGGGCUAUAGUUAUCGCGGGCGAAGUCGUAUUAUAUAAAUAACCCAUAUACUGACAUAAAUUUCUUUGCCGUCAUUGGCCAAUAAUAAUACGUAGAGUGUAAGUAUAUGAAUUUAUAUGUGCAGAGGUAACCUGAUGAAUCAUAUUCGUAAAUGUCACGCGCAAGCGGCCGCCGACGAUACUCCCCCUGCGCCUCCCACUUGUGACGUCUGCAGCCGCACGUACGUACACGCAACUACACUCUUACAUACACUACACUACACACACGUAAGUUAAAACCAGUGUACGCAAUAAUCCGAUAUUUAUAAUAAAUAUCAAUAUCAUGCAUAUGAAAAGCUACGAUUUUUAAGUUGCUAGUGGCUUUAUUUAAUAUUUGAUCUUUAUAUCAAAAGUUGCGUACAGGUUAAUGAACGAGUUAGCCUUAUUCAAUUGGCUGUAAGGAUCAACGAAAUUUAUUUUUGACAUUCAUUCGUACAGCUUAUACACACUCUUUUGGCUUAAAUAGUGUAUUGUGUUUAAUAGGUUCGGUUCAGUUGCCGCUAUGAAACGUCACGCGCGUGUCCACAAACGUGACACUCAGCAGGGGGAACAGGUAAUACAUCCGUGAUAUAUAAAAACAUGCAUAAAGCGUUAUCAAUGCGACUAAAUAUUUUGUGAUAUCUGCAUUAUUAGGAGAUUUUUUUUUAUUUUGUCACCCAGAAAAUUUACUUUUUAGUUAUGAGCUAAACUAAAUAAUAUAUUGAUAUUUCGAGUACGAAAAUACCAACUAAUGUGGCAGCUUGUGCAGAAGACUAAAUUUCGAAACGCAACAUACUGCGACCAAUCAAAAUAAUUCAAGUAUCCAUUCAGACGAUCUGUGCGCCGUAAUCCCCGCAAAGUGUGAGUGAGACACCUAUUAUUAAAAUAAGACUCAUAUUUUUUAAUCAUACGUUUCAUUAGUCCUGUCGGAAUAAGGUUGUGUCCGUAAAACGUGAAGUUGUAGGACACAACACAGGUUAUAUGCUCUGAAAACAUGUACCAUUUUAACAU